AAAGCCAGCCCUCCCUCCUCCCUGGGGCCGGCCCGGGUUGCCUGGCCCGCUCUGCCUCCUCCCCCCGCUGCUGCCGACGUGGCGGGGCGGGGAAGGAGCCGGGGGCGCGCCGGUCGGGGCACUGCUGAGCGAACUGAAAAUGUCUGAAGAUAUAUCUGAUGGCACCCCAUCUGAAGAAAAACCUGAAGUAAUGGAGAUGCCCAGCAAUGAGGUAUUGCCUCAUGAAUCAGUACCACACCUCAUAGAAAAUGAGAUCUUGCAUGAGUCUUCACAAGAUCAACAUGGACAGGUCACUCAGAAUGUUAGUAAUAGAAAGGAGGGAGACAUAGUCAUUGAUGAAAGCCCUUUGACUGAAAAACUCAUUGAAAGCCUGCCUUCCAGCCUGCCUUCCAGUGAAGAGACAGCUGAAGACAUGCCCACCGAGUGCAUUGAAACUGUAAGCCUUGAUGCAGAGCCUGAAUUGGAAGAAACACCGCAUGAGCAAAGCAAUCCAGCUGCAGACUCCUCAUCUAAAGCAAGUAGAUGGGGAGCUUGGGGUACCUGGGGAAAGUCUCUCCUGUCAUCAGCUUCUGCCACAGUGGGUCAUGGGAUAACAGCAGUAAAGGAAAAAGCAGGAACAACCCUACGAAUUCAUAGUGGAAGUUCAGCAUCUCUGGAAACAGCAGAGCCUCCUGCAGCUGAAACAACAGUUACUCAAGCAGAAGAUUCUCUGGCCCAAAGCUCUUCUGAGAAUAUUCCUUCUUCUCCUUCAUCUGGAUCUCGUGGCAUGCUGUCAGCUAUCACUAGUGCUGUACAAAACACAGGCAAAAGUGUAUUAUCUGGAGGCUUAGAUGCUUUGGAAUAUAUUGGGAAGACAACCAUGAAUGUCCUUGCGGAAAGUGAUCCUGGAUUUAAGAGAACCAAAACACUGAUGGCAAGAACAGUCUCACUAUCUCAGCUGUUGCGAGAAGCCAAAGAAAAAGAGAAACAGAGGCGGGCCCAGCAAGUUACAGUAGAAAGAACAGCUCAUUAUGGACUACUUUUUGAUGAAUUCCAAGGUUUGUCUCAUCUUGAAGCUCUGGAAAUCCUGUCAAAUGAAAGUGAAGCUCAGAUUCAGUCACAUUUAGCAACACUUGAUGGAGAACAGUUGGAGACUGUGAAAAAUGAUUUAAUUGCUAUAAAAGAGAUUUUUGUUCCAAAGGAAUUAGAUGAUGAAGUGGUGCAGGCGCAAAAAGCAGAUACAGGAGAAGAGUUUGUCAGCAUGCUCACAGAACUGCUCUUUGAAUUGCAUGUUGCUGCUACUCCUGACAAGCUAAAUAAGGCUAGGAAAAAAGCUCAUGAAUGGCUGGAAGAAGCUAGUUUGUCCACCCCAGCAGACAUAGAAGAGGAGCUAAAUGAAAAACCUGAAGAACCUGGUGAAGAAAAGACUCAAAAAACCAAUAAAAUUGAGAGUGAUAAAACCGAAAUAGACAAAGGCAAAACUGUGGAGGAAAUCUACAUGCUGUCUAUUGAAAGUCUGGCUGAGGUAACUGCUCGUUGUAUUGAACAGCUUCAUAAAGUAGCAGAAUUAAUUCUACAUGGGCAGGAAGUAGAAAAAACAGCUCAAGAUCAAGCAAAAGUACUGACAAAUUUAACAAGUGCUAUGUGCAAUGAAGUUUCAUCUUUAUCAAAGAAGUUUUCUGAUUCUGUAACAGCAGCUGGGAGCAAUAUGAAGGCAGAGGUUCUUAACCCCAUCAUCAACAGUGUGCUGUUAGAGGGCAGCAACAGUACUACUUAUAUUCAAGAUGCUUUCCAGUUACUGCUUCCAGUUCUGCAAAUUUCCCAUAUCCAGACCAGUUGUUCAAAAGCCCAGGAGCUGUCAGCUUGAGAGCAACCACAGACCCAAAGUCUUGAGCUAUGCCAAGAGAAGAGCUGGUACAAGAGAAGUUGGCCACUAGAGUUCUUUGAAGACACUAAAUGCAGUUUUGCACACACAGUACUGAACAUUUUAAAACUUCUUUCAGACUUUAAGACUUUAGAAGUAACUAGUAAAGUGAGUCAUUUCUUUUCCAGUGUAGUUCAUGCUUUGCAUUAAUUUAAACAGAUGUUUAUUGAUAUUAGCAUUGAUUUAAAUAUGGAUUCUAAAUGUUGACCCUUUCAGUUAUAAACAAUGUAUGAAACAAAUUGGAAUGUAAAGUUUCUUAAAACAUUUAACUUCAAAUUACCAUUUAUAUUGUUUGAUUUGUAACUGCAGUUUAAAAACUGUAUUUCAUAAAAUGGUUUCAGUAUUUUUUGCCAACAUGAACAAAUUAUCAAAGUGUUGAGGUUGUUAAGUAUUAUUUCCAGUAGCAAAUAAUAACAUCAUAUUAAUAUGUAUCACUAACAUAACACUUUGUGUUGAAGGAGAUGUACAGCAAUAGGUAUUAACUUUACUAAGUGAAAAUUAUGGAGGUUAUGCAUAAAGAAUUAUACUGAAAAUAAAUUUUCUGAGCCAGUUAAGAUUACAGGUAUAGCUCUAUAUUUGCUGACCCGUAAGUUUAUAUUAAUUUAGGUCUAUUUCCUCAUUUCAAUGGUUGAACAACAGAGGAGACAAAUGUAAUAUUUUAAAUAUGCAGGAGAUAGAAAAUUUCCCUUUUGGUUGGCAGUUGAAACACCUGCUAAACAGCCUUCUCUCAGAUGUAUUACCAGGUUAACACUUCGGGGUUUACUGAUACCUACCUUCAGAAACAGAAGUUGUAGCAAGAAGUUAUGAAAAAAUUGCACUGGGUGUGGAGGUCAUCUGUCAAAGCAAUAAUUUUUUUUCUGAGGCAAUAGUUAAGGCAUAAGCAAACAAUAGGAAUGACAUUUCAUAACACUAGCAACCAUGCUAAUUUGUCCCUAUCUGUAGUUUAAAAUACUGAGUUUUGGACCUAAGAAUUUGUUUAGGCUAGUUUACCUCUUAGACAGGAAGAACCUUCCAGUAUUUUACAUAGCCUGUUCUCUUGAAUUUUUGUCAUUUAUUAUGUUUCUUUCCGUUAUUUUGUAUUUUUCUCUCUUGGUAUACUCAUUAAUUGUAUUUAAAUGCUAUUUUUUGCAGUUAACAUUUUAAUACAUUUAAGCAUAGUUCAUACAUCAUAAAAAUAAUUAAGUAGAGCAUGAGGCAGUUUCUGUGUUUGAUAGAAAAGAGAAACUAUGUAUCUGCUUUGCACAUGGUAACUUCUUUGAGUCCAAAUAAGUGGACAGAAAGGUCUUUUUGUGUUUUAUAUAUAUAUAUAAAUAAGGUUUAUUACACAAAAUCUAUUUCCUGGCACCCUGUAAUUUAACAGACAUAGAGAUAUCUUUCUGGGUAAGUAGAAGAUGUACAGUCUUCAAAUUCAUUUGUACAUGCUGAAUAUAAUAUCAGAAGCCUCAGGGGAUAAUGUUUGAAAUCUCUGAGGAGCAUUCUUAAGACAAAGAUUGCUUAUCUGAGAUACUCCUUACUAGAGGUUUCAUUGUCUUGCUUAAAUUAUGCAUUUAUGAAUAAAAUACCUUACCCUGAAGUAAAAGAAGCUAUAAAAAGUAACAUGGAGACCUAAAGUAUUUACAUCCAUACAAGGUAGGAAGGGGAACAGGGCAAUAUGCAAGCAUAGGGAUACUCCCAUCUGAUCUUAGAUUCAGUCAUCUUGUCCUAGGAAAACUGAAUGUCAUACCUUUAAAUCAACUUAGGGUAAAUAAUAUUUUAGUAAAAAAGUUCUGUAUGGAUGUAGCCAGAAUAUUUUGUUUACACUGAUUUGUAUUUUUCCACCAGUCAAAUAAAUAAUUUGAGAUACUGAACUGAGACAGUACACUAAAAGGGAGUGGUUUGAAGAAUAAUGUGAUGGGAGUAUAUUCUCAGUGAAAUAAUUUACUUUCUGAUUUUUUUAUUUACCUUUGGAAUAAUGAGUAUGAUUUUAUUGGGAGACUGACAAAAUCAGAUGUUACUUUAAACUUUUAAUGGAGAGUGUUCUUUCUUUCAUCACCACCCUUUUCCAGGUUAGUACACUGAGCCUUGGCACUUGGCAAACUACUAGGUUGUAAGUACUUAUGAAAAUGUUUUCUUGAGCAGAUGUGUUUUCCAUGGCAUUCCAUUCACUUUUGAGCACAUCCACCCUGUUACGCAGUGACAAAGGAGGCAGGCUUGUGCACUAAGUUCGAAAUUUGUCAGGAUGAAACUUAAAACAAUAUCUGCAUGCCUACAGCCUUGCAAAUGAUCCACAGUUACAGGUCAUCCCUGAAGAACGAGCGGGAAUUAGACUGUUAAAGAAGUAAUUCACUGUAUAUUAAGGAUACUGACUUCUUUUUUUCUUGAGUUUGGGGUUUUUUUGGGUAAACAAAGCAAAGCAAGCUGAAGGUUGUUUACUGCUUCUCAGGGUAUAGUCUAUUCAUGUGUAAACAUCUCUUCCCCAUGAGUUCCUCCUACACUCCAGCUUCCAUUGCUAGAGACAGCUGAACAAAAGAACUGUCUCUUCCACUUUCUGUCGUGCUGCUUAAAUCACCCACUGAAGCCGUUAAUAUCUUCCUCCAAAAUGUGCCUCAGUCAUAUAAUACAAAAUCACAGUCAUUACCAGUGGGGAGGCUUCUUAAUGAUGUGUGUGACCAGUAAUGUCCAGUGUCACUCACCAGUCAGGAUUCAUAACAAUUUCAAGGAGCCUGAAACACCACAGUAUUUUGAAUGACAAAUACAGGUUUCCCCCUUUUUUUCUGAUUCACAGAAGUGUUUUUAUCAUACAGCCAUUCACCCAGCUCAUAGGAUUAUCUUUGAGACAUUCAGUUCUAUUUCAGAUGACAGCCCCAUCCUUUCUGCCAGUCUCAGAAGAAUGUAGAGCAUGGAAAAGGACUUUCCUGAGUUCUUUCGAAAACCGUCUCGGAGUAAGG